UAACCUAUUUCAAGGCAGUGUCAAAUGAUUCGUUCUAGAACUAUUUUGAUUACACUUCUACACCAUGGCAAUGUUUGGUUUAAUCGUAUCUGGAAGAUUGGUACAAACUGAGUUCCAGCAGAUCAGUGAGACCCAAUUCCUAACAACCAUACUUGAUGUCGACAAUAUAAACCACAUAGUUCUAUUCCUAACUGGAGCUGUGCCCUUCCCCGAAGGUUUGGGGGGCCAAGUGUAUUUCAGCUGGCCGGACCCAACAGCCCCACCAAACUGGCAGCCACUCGGCUUUGUCUCCAAUCAAAAACCUUCGGCUAUUUUUAAGAUAUCAACAUUGAAGAAGCUCCAUGAGAUGGAGGGUUUUACGAAUGUAUCAACUUUUGGGCAACAGGCAAUAUGCCACAAUGCCCAGAUCGGCAUUUCCAUUGAGCAAUUAAAUAAUAUGCAAGACACGCAACAGACGACGAACAACAAUUACGUAACGUUUGCACAGAAGAUGCUGCAGAACUUUAUGAAUUACACAUUGAGCUACAGCGUGAGCCAAUCGCAGAUGAUGGCCAAUCCUUCUGCCACCUAUGUGCCGUUAUCCACCGUGCAGAAUUGGUACACCAACUUCGAGCGCAGGCUAACCCAGAAUCCGAACUUCUGGAAGACAUAAUGCUGCCCUUAAUUAUUUAUUACUUACUCUAAUCUAAUUUUUAAGGC